AUGCGUUUCUCUACCGUCCUCGCUGCUGCUGUCAGCUUCACCUCGGCCCUCGCCGCCCCCGUUGCCUCGGCCAAGCGCGACCUGAGCGUCUCCGCCGUCCUCGACCUCGUCUCCGGCCUCAAGUCCACCGUCGAGUCUGACCUGAAGGCAGUCACCGCCGCCGUCAACGUCGAGGCCGGUGUCUCGGUCGACGUCAACGCCGUCCAGACCACCCUGGCCCACGUCGUCUCCGAGGUCCAGGGCGUCGUCGGCAAGGUCACCCCCGUCGUCACGGGCGUCGCCCUGCCCCUCGCCGAGGGCGAGAUCAAGCAGGUCCUGACCCUCGUCGGCGAGGUCCAGGACAUCGUCGGCGAGAUCAAGAGCACCGUCGAGGGUGUCGCCGGCUCCGUCGCCGGUGACGUCCUGGCCACCCUGCAGCCCGUCCUCGCCAACGUCCUCCAGGUCGUCGGCACCCUGACCGCCCCCAUCCUCGGCCUCGCCUUCUCCGUCGUCGGCACCGUCACCGGCACCGCCACCCCCGUCGUCGGCCAGCUCCUGAGCACCGCCAACGGCCUCCGCGGCCUCGUCGGCGGCAUCCUGGCCCCCGUCGGCGGUAUCCUCGGCGGUAUCCUGGGCGCCACCCCCCUCGGCGGUGCUCUGUAA